UAAGACAAGCCGUCAGCAAUCCGCGGGGAGCAAUGACAACCAACCAAACCCUCAGAAACGGUAGUAAAAUGAGCCUGCGGGAGAAAUCGAGGAACUAAUGGAAGUAGAGGGGAAAGAAUAACUGCUCACAAGGAAUCCUUAGGAUAAAUUUGGGGUCAAUCAACUAUAAGCAAAAUGACGAAAAUACAAUUUCCCCCGCCGGAGCCAAGACAUGACAUGACAUCUAUCUGCCUUUCCUUGCUUCCCCCUCCUGAACCCGAUCUCCAUUGACGAAAAAAAAGGAAAUCAUAGAUCACGGAAAAGAAAUAAAAAAUGGAACCAAACUGGCUGACUGCACGCAACAACCAUUCAUACGAAAAUGGACGCCGCUACUAUGGCUUCAAGGCCGAAUUCCCCUUUCCAGACGACCAAAAGGCCACCUCAGCACACGCGAUGAUCAGCACCAUGUGGCAUCAUCUUCUAGACGGCAGAACCUUUAUUGCCCCCAUAGAUCCGGUCCAGAAAAACCACAAAUUUCUCGAGUUCGCUACCCGCAGCGGCUCCUGGACGAUCAUGGCACUGAACCGGCAUCAUCCUGCCCCGCGCUUGACGGGUAUGGACCCGGCCUACAUGUCUCCAAAUCUCCGGUAUUUUGAACACCACGAGCUUGAGGGCGAUUGGCCAUUUACUGCAAAACAGGCGUUUCAUUUGAUCCAUGCGCAGUCUCUAGGCGGGGUGAUUGCCGACUAUGACAGGUUCUACGCUAAUGCGUUCCGGCAUCUUCUCCCGGGCAGGUGGUUGGAAGUGUGGGAGAACGACUUGCGCUUCUUUACCGACAACGCACAGGAUGAAACUCGGCUGGUGGCACUGAGGGAGUGGGAGGCGCUGAUGCACGAGGCAGCAGCCAAGUUUGGCAAGCGAGUCAACGUGGCAGCCGAGCAGAAGGAGCUGAUGCACUCAGCUGGCUUUGUGCAAGUCGAUGAACAGAUAUUCAAGGUCCCCUAUGGUGAGUGGAGUGACGACCCAACUCUGAAAAACAUUGGGGGCUACUAUGUGUUCCAGAUGCAGUGCGCGCUGGAGGGAUACACGCUACGUCUAUUCACCAAGACAUUGGGCUGGUCAAAGGAAGACACUAAUGCCCUGAUUAGUCGGGUGCAGGAGGAACUACAGCAAAAGGAUCUGCGGCUCUAUUCAUAUUUCCAUCUCGUCAUAGGGCAGAAGCCAGCACAAGCCGCUCGAAAGUAACAGGCGCGCAGGUUUCCGAGGCCGAUGCCCGUAUCGAGCUCGAUAGACUCGCAAGUGUCGGCGUCCUCCAUCAUGUACAGCUCGUGGCAGAUGAGCGGGAUGCAGAGCUCGUUGCCGGCAGCCAGCGGAGUGCAGUUGGUUUUAUAGCCGGUGUUGGCGCGCUGUAGGGCGCGGCUGAGGCUACCGA